AUGGCAAAUGAAGUACAAAAUUUGUUAAAAGGUGAAUUUUCUCGGCUUCCGCUUGCUGAAAAAAUAAUAAUAAAAUCCCUUGGAAGGCCGAUUCCAAAUAUCAACCUUACUCAGGCUGAUAAAUCGACGAAAGCUGGUUGUUUUAAGAGACAUUUUAAGAAAGAUAUCUAUAACAAAAACAAAUGGAUAUGCGGUUGUGGCACAUUAAACGCCCUGUUUUGUUUUCCGUGCUUACUGUUUUAUUCAGAUGCAGCGGAAAAGACAUGGACAAGAACUGGAUUUAAAGAUUUAAAGCAUAUAAACCAGAAAAUUAGUAAGCAUGAAAAUUCGGCUCGUCACAUGAUUUGUUCGACAGAAUUAGCUUUAUUGGGAACAGCUAGUAUCGCUGCUCAGUUAGAUUCCGCUUACAGGCAAAAUAUUAUUAAGCACAACGAGCAAGUGGACAAAAAUAGAUAUCUUUUAAAAAGAAUAAUAAACUGUAUAAAGUUUUGCGGUAAAUUGGAAUUAGCGUUAAGAGGGCACGACGAAAGUGAAGACUCUGAAAAUCGUGGCAUUUUUCGAGAGUUGAUUAAUUUUACGUCCGAACUGGAUACAAUAUUAAAGGAACAUUUAAAAAGUGCGACUCUGUUUAAGGGUACUUCUAAAACAGUACAAAAUGAAAUACUAGAUAGUAUGUUGGAAGUCUGCCAACAAGAAAUUCGACAGCAAAUUAAUGCAGCAGAGUUUUUAGCUAUACAGUGCGACGAAACAACAGAUAUUUCACAUCAUUGUCAAAUGGUAAUGAUAUUUAGAUAUCUCCAUGAAGGUGAAAUACAAGAAAGAUUUUGGCGUUUUUUGAGCGUUACGGACAAGACAGCUGAAGGUUUGGCAAAGUGUAUCGAAGAAGAACUAGGCCCAUUAUUAAAAGAUUCACCCCACAAAUUAAUUGCGCAAACUUAUGAUGGUGCAAACGUAAUGAGCGGUAGCAGUGGUGGAGUUCAAACAAAAAUAUCAGAACGCUCAUUUUAUACACUGUUACGCUCACCAACUGAACUUAAUUAUGCAGAGAGCAGCCAGCCAAAAUCCAAAAGUAAAAGUGUUUUUUUCAAACCUGUCGGCAAUUCCAAGUUUCUUCUCCAACUCCACGCACAGAUGCGAUUUAUUGGAAAAAAUAGUUAA